AUGUCGAAACACACGCAGGCAGAGGCGAAGGGAGUAUUGGCUGGCGCUGGUGAAAAAGCCCAGGAAAUCAAAGACGUAACUGCGGAGAAGAUAUGCAAUGCUGGAACUGCAGUGAAAGACACCAUUGCAUCUGGUGUCGAAAAAGUGAAAGGCACGGCAGCUUCAGCCUAUGAAACGGUUGUCGGUACUGCAGAAGAGAAGAAGGACCAGCUCGGUCGAAAGGUCGAUGAGGGCAAGGAUAAGGCGCAUGAUAUGAAGGGGAAGGCGCAAGACAAGGCCAAUGAUGCCCGAGAUUACAUGGGCAAGAAAAUGCACGAAGGAGCUAACAAGAUGCAAUCCUGA